UUUCCUUUCACUCCUUCCACUCAUUCACUUUCAUUUUUCCUUUUAUUUCUUGCACAAGUUUUUAGUCUUGUUUCAUGCAAAAACAUAUACAAGAAUGACCAAGAACAUGAAUCUUUGUGGAACGUUGUGGUUUAUUGUAGCAGUGUGGUUCUUGUUUCUUAACUUGAGUUUGUGUUGUUGUUUGAAUGAAGAAGGUAAUGCUCUUUUGAAGUUUAAGCAGAGAAUAAGUGGUGACCCUUUUGGUGCUUUGUCAAAUUGGUUUGACGAUCAAGUUUCUGUUGACCCUUGUCAUUGGUUUGGAGUUGAAUGCUCAGAUAGAAAAGUUGUAAUCUUGAAUUUGAAAGACCUUUGCCUUGAAGGAACUCUGGCACCAGAGCUAGUGAACCUUGUUCACAUAAAGUCUAUUAUUUUAAGAAACAACUCUUUUUAUGGGACCAUACCUGAAGAAAUUGUAACCUUACAAGAAUUGGAGAUUCUGGAUUUGGGAUACAACAAUUUCAGUGGACAUUUAGAUGCUAAUUUUGGACACAAUAUCUCACUAGCAAUUCUUUUGCUGAACAACAAUGAACUCCUUGUUGGUUUCUCUCCCAAAAUCAAUGAACUUAAGAUGCUUUCUGAGUGUCAAGUUGAUGAAAACCAGCUAAUCAAUGUAGAUAAAAUGCCAGCUUGUUCACAAAGAUCCAUGAAAUGGCAUGUUCAUGAAAGUGAAGGUCCUAGGAGCCUGCUGGAAUAUCAUAAACUACACCGUCAUCGUCCUUAUCAUUACCGUCGCAAUCGUACCUCGCCUCUCUAUAGAUCUCCUCCUUCCGAUCCUCCAUUGCCUGCAGCAUUACCGCCGGUCACAAAGCCAGCUUCUCCUCCUAAUGAAAAUGUUCCAGAUUCUCCAGAUGAAAAUGCUUAUAACUCUCCUCCUCCUUUAUCAACACUAGACUCAGAAGUACCAAUUAAAAGCAUGUCAUCAAAGAAGAAUCAAGUACCUAUUUUUGCUGGAGUUAUAGGUUGUGUAGUUUUUCUUGUUAUUUCAACCAUUGGUAUAUAUCUUUGUAAAACCAACAAGGUUGCUAUUGUUAGACCUUGGACUACUGGAAUAAGUGGACAGCUUCAGAAGGCACUUGUGACAGGUGUGCCAAAGCUAAAGAGAACCGAUCUUGAAGCAGCAUGUGAAGAUUUUAGUAAUGUAAUUGGCAAUUCACCUAUUGGUACAUUGUACAAAGGAACUUUGUCUAGUGGAGUUGAAAUUGCUGUAGCUUCUAUUUCUGUAACAUCAUCUAAGAGUUGGACAAAGCCUUUAGAAGCUCAAUUUAGAAAAAAGAUAGACACAUUGUCAAAAGUAAACCACAAGAAUUUUGUCAAUCUUAUUGGUUAUUGUGAAGAAGAAGAGCCUUUCACUAGAAUGUUGGUUUUUGAAUAUGCCCCAAAUGGAACACUAUUUGAGCAUUUACACAUAAAAGAAGCUGAGCACUUGAACUGGGGAGCAAGGCUUAGAAUUGCAAUGGGAAUGGCUUACUGCCUACAACAUAUGCAUGAGUUAGACCCUCCAGUCGCCCUCAUAAAUCUAAGUUCUUCAACUGUCCACUUAACCGAUGACCACGCCGCGAAAAUAUCCGAUUUUAGUUUCUCCAACGAAACAUCUUCAUCCGAAAAAAAACACACUAACAUGCCAAUGCCAUCAACAAGUCCUGCAAGUAAUGUUUAUAGCUUUGGUGUUUUGUUAUUCGAGAUAGUUACAGGUCGAAUACCUUAUACAGUCGAUCAUAGCUCACAUGAAAACUGGGCAUCACAUUAUCUAAAAUGGGACAAACCUUUGAAGGAAAUGGUGGAUCCAAUUCUAACAUCUUAUCAAGAAGAUCAGGUGAAGGAAAUUUCUGAACUGAUUAGAGUUUGUGUCAAUCCUGAUUCGGAGAAGAGACCGACGAUGAAUGAAGUUAGUGAGAGAUUGAGAGAGAUAACAAAAAUGUCACCUGAAUUAGUAGUUCCAAAACUUUCUCCACUUUGGUGGGCAGAGCUUGAAAUCAAUCAAUAAAAUCAGAUUGCAGUACGUAACUAAGUAUGAGAGGUUUUAGCAUUGCAAUUCAUUUUUACUUAGCUUAAGCCUUAAGGUACAAAAAUGUUUUCACCUCUUGUAUCUAUUGUAGUAUGGUUGUUCUCAAAUAACUUGUAUAUGAGUAGUGAGAUCAAAAAAUGUAGUGAAGUUCUUUUAGGGGGUGCUUUCUUCUUUUAGUGAAGUACUAUGUGUUGUGUUAUUUUCUCGGAGAAUUUGGGAUAUCCUUCGGUUAUGAGUUACAGACUAAUUUGGGAUAUCAGAUAAGCAAAAUGCUAUGCACUAAUUUGAGAUAUCACAUAAGCAAAAUGCUAUGCAUGUCAAUUCAGUUCACAUAGGACAACUGAACAAACUUUAUGUAUGUAAA